GGACGUACACGUGGGCGUGGACGUAGAUGUCGGCCUGGGCGUAAGCGUGGAGUCGGGUGUAGAGGUGUCUAUGCGUUUUUUUGUUGUUGUUAUACAGUGGGUCCCCUGAAGGGUGGCAAUGCACAGUAUAUAUCAAGAAACAUGUUUCGCGUUAAUUUAUUACAAGGUCAUCGGAUUUUCUAUAACUUCACUACAUUUUUUAGCAAAAACUUGAUUUGAUUUUUCCUUUUCUUAAAUGAUUGAACGUUUCCUGAAAAGAAAGAAUUAACGCCAGAGGCGUGAUAGAUCUACGCAUUGACCAAAAAACAAAAACAACAACAAAAAAAAUGGGGAAACAAGUGCAUGGUGAAGGGCAAACAUCAAUUUCUACCAUUUGGUCAUAUUUUCCCUUUACCUAUGCUUGUCAUCUAUUCUUCAUUUUAUCUGCACAAAAAUAAAUUUCCUGCGAGGGCAUCCAUAUAAAUUACUUGGGACAGUUUUAUCUGCUCAUUUGCUAAGAAAUUGUCAUCCUACGUCUGAUGUUUUCCGUUUCCUACAACAACAAAGGCGAUGUAUAAAUUUCUUUAACACGUGAGAUGGGCUUAAUUUGUUGCCAGAGAUCCAGUACAUUAUAGUAUGUUUUUUUUCUUGGUUAUUCUUUCAAUAUGAAAGGGUACAGUAAAACGUUUAAAUGUUGCCACCGCCCGCUAUACUAAAUAAAAUGUGUGUAUGUAUAUCUUUAUACUGCAGCUCCAAAUGCCAGCGGAAACCGGAACGCUUUUUCCAAUGACAUCAAUCAGUGCCUUUUCUCUGGGUGGAAACAAGUUGGAAUUAUUACGAGUAAUGUUCCAUGCAACACUGGGAAAGGACUGUGCUAUGGUACUAAUCCAAACGCGCAAGCGCAGUUUGCCAUUUGUUACAACACAAAGACCCUGACUCCAGACUUCACAGGUCAUGUUGUAGAGUCACAGAGUGGUAGUGGACGUCCCAGUUCCUUUAGAAGUGACACAGGACCAUUUGGUAAGAAUUUACUAUAUCAAUCCUUUGGAUAAUUAAGAUUUCUUGCUGGCUAUACUAUUUGUGAGCUGCACUUCUUCUUUCUGAGUUUUUCGAGUGGCCGUGUUGUUGUUUUGUUUUGUUUAACGAAAGCACAAAUGCUGCAUCGGCUUGCAUCUCAUUCUCAAAACCAUACUGUCCUAUGUAGUCUAUUAUUAUUAUAAUGAUUGUUGUUUUUGUUUUUUAUUUUACAUAAUAAAUAACUUUGAUUUUUAAAUGGUGUGUAGAAAAAGUUUAUAGAAGUAAGUCCGGCACUGGUCUCCCAUGUUGAAAAUAAAGCGCUUGGUUAAGCAUCAUUUUGUAGUUCUCCUUUUGAAUUAUGUGGCGUCAUUUUCAAGCUCUAAGCUACGCUAUGGCGUGUAGGAACAAUUUUCUUUGCGGAGCCUUUUCCGAAAAAUAAACCCUAUUGUUCGAUAACUACCUGUCGCUCUCGGUGCACAUUCGAUAAGAACAAUGCUGAGAUAUUUAUAUAACAAACUUAGAAUACUAUGAGGUAAAAAGAAUAAAAAAUAAAAAGUCGCGUAAUGUUGAAGAAUACUCUUUUGAGCACGAGAAGCUUCUUUGUCAACAAAUUAAGCCAGGCCUGUAAAAUGCAUAGCAUGAUUAAUCCACUUUGUACCCCCGACAUUGGAACAAAUUUAUAGGCCACGGAGUUUUAUGCUUCUGCCAGGUUCCAUAUUGGCAUAAAUAUGUUCGUCAGGUAUCUUGUCUGACCUUUGAAGAUUAAAGAUGCUUUUAGCAUUUUAGAUUGUGUCCCCUAAAUCAUAUUAUCUUAUGAGUACUUUUAAUGUACUACAUAAUUAUGCAUCCGCGUCGUGCAGGAGGAACAGUAAACGUUGUCGUGUUUGCCUGCCUUUAAAUACUUUUUGAGGUGCUGUUUUUUUUGUUUUUUUUCCCCUUUAAUCCUAUUCAAAGCGAUAGAGGUUGGGUUUUAUGGAUGAUAUGAGGCAAACUAAUUAGUUAUGUAUUAUUUUAUCUGUUAAGCGCAAACAAUUAUUAAUUCUCACUGUUUUACCUGAUUUCUAACUCUUGAUAAUAUGCAAGAUGGCGGCCAAGAUGGUACUCCCGUGGUACGAAUUUGUCGAGUUAGAGCACUGAAAAAGACAAAAUAUCAACUUCUGAUUGCCCUUUUGGACAUCCGGGACGUCCGCGUUCUCGUUGUUUGAGGUCCAUUUGUUACUAAAUAACGUGAUUAUCACGUCACCGUUAUUUUUGACGAAUAAUAUUUGAGUAUUUUUCCCUCUAUGGCUGCUGCUUCUCUAUAAGUAUGAGUUCAGCCAAUAAAUUCAAACUAUUGCAUAGUACUUCCGUCACAUAAAUUACGCCAUUAUGUCAAUCAAAUUAAAACUAGUUAAAUAAUAGUUGCAUAAUUGUGAUGGCCGUAUUAUGGGCGGUGUUAAAGACAUAGAGGGGUGCCUCCGGAGCCUUCUACUCCCAGCCCGGUCCCUAGCAGCUGCAAAAUAGCCCAGUCUUAAUAAUAAGGAUUACAUCAAAAUCCGCCUUUAUUACAGAGGUAAAGCUGGGUGUGUAGAAAAUUUCUAUAGUGCACGGUGGGUAUAUGCGGCAUCAAAAGCGCCCAUCUUUAUUCAUCCUUUUUAGUUUUAACGCACUUCACUUGAAAAUUUGCAACAAUAAAGAACUCACCAUUCCCUAAAAUCGUAUGUUUUUUGUUUUUCAGAUUUUGUCAUUUUUAGUGGGAAAAUGACGUCACAAAGUUCCCGCCAAAUUUUGUUUUUAGUGUUAUAGGAUAUCUGAUGGUUUCUGAAAGAACUCACCUCAACGUGAAAAGAAUUUUUAAAUAUGCCUAUCUACUCAAAAGGUGUAACGUUUAGAAAUUUGAAUUUAUCGCCAUUUUGUGCUAUUUUUAGUAACAAUGGCGGAAAACUUAACUUUCAAAACGCUAUAUCUUUAAGUUUGAGUAGAAAGGCAUAUUUACCAAAAAAAAAUCACUCUUGACAUCCUUAGGAUUUUAGGGAAUGGUGUGCUCUGUAUUGUUGCAAAUUUUCAAGUGAAUAAGAAAAUUGCGUUAAAACUAAAAAAAAAAAAGAUGAAUGAAGGUGAGCGUUUUUGAUGUCACAUUUGCCCACCGUGGUGUCUUCCUUGGGUAACAAGAGUGUUACUUUUAUUAUUUUUAAAAGCUCCAAAUCCUCAGUCCACAUCAGAUGACUAUCUUGCCAGGAAUCAAGGAGGCUUAUACAACAAUUUUAAACCACCACCGGGUCAACAGUACCUUGCCAGAGGACAUUUGGUACCCAACGCGGAUUUUGGUAGCGAUGCAGAGCGAGCUCUUACGUUUGUUAUGACCAACGUCGCACCUAAGUGGCAGUUGUUUAAUAUGGGGAACUGGUUUGCCUUGGAAAGAGCUAUAAGAACCUAUGCUAACAGAAAGAAGAGAAAAGUUUAUGUUUUCAGCGGUGUAGGUAAGUGUCAAAGCAAAAAUCGUGCAAGAAACAUUUUGCCAUCUGAAAAGAGAUUUAGGAAGAGUGCACAAAUAUGAGUUUUUGCAGUAGUUAUGCAUCAUAUAUAUUGCAGUAGUUCAUGGGGAAAGAUUAAAGAAGAUGAGCGAUAAUUACUAGGGUACUUUCAUAAAUAGACGUUUUAGAGAUUGUGCAUCAGUCCAUUACAGGUGCGCCCAUGCCCCCCUCUCUCCCUCCGGCUAACCCCUGGGUAUUAACUUUUUCUUAGCCUUGGAUAGCAAAUUCCUGAGGGCGGGGACACUUGUGAUGGCUUAGUGAUAGUCAGCUGCUAUGGUUACGAGAUAUGACGUCAUAAGUAGCAGCUGGUCAAGCCAAUUUUGGGUGGUAAUACAUGUUUUUUCAACUUCUUUCAACAAUAAAAGUAAAUCGCUUGGCUAAAAUAAUGCAAAGUGCUUAUUCAUGUGUUAUUUUCCCUGUAAAGCACAAAAAAUAACAUUUCUCGCGGUUUUAUUCUAAUUCUAAUUCUUGGUAAAAUCCAAGAUGGUGGGAAAGAUAGCGACCAUUGUUGGUGACGUCACAGACCUCCAGCAGUGCCACCACCCCUAAAAUGUACCUUAUCUUGUUAAGAAGAUCAAAGGCUCUCCAUUAAAGGCAAAAUCGUUUCAAAAUACUGCAACAUAUCACAAACUCCGGGAAGGGGUUUCAUCCACCCCUCCCCCCCUUCCCCCUUUGUACCACGGUGGAGGUAUGAAUUUGCGUGUACGACUGAGGGUUAAUGCGGCAUUUUUCGUGUCGGUUAGCGAAUGACUUUGUAAUUGUGCCAUUUUAAUUGAGACUUGACGCACGACACAUGUUUCUUACUUUAUUAUUGCUGUAUAUCUUCUUUUAAUAGUUCGUUAGCAGUGCGCUGUAAUAGAAGUUAUACUGAAUAUAUAGUAGAAUUAGAAAUAUCAUCACAGCCUUUAAAACGUAUUCAAAUCCUAGAUCAACAGGAAUUUCAUUCCAUAACCAAAGAAAAUGUGUCGAUUCACGUCGAUAGCUCUCGACUUCUGGCUUGAUAAGCAAUGAAGAAAUGGAGACAUAAAAUCGAGACAACAUACCUUUAAAAAUUCUACAAGUCCUUUUCCGUUCUUAACAGAUGAGCCAAUUUUCGAAUCUCCUUGUGUUUCCAGCGAAAUUAUCCAUGUUUAGUUAUGUUUGGAUAGAGAUGCAGGCAUAAGGCAAAAGCCUCGGGGGUGGCCCCGGGGUGGUCAAGUGCCAGACCCCCUGACAGCACAAAAGUUGAAAUUUUUUCUAUAUAUACUUUUUUGUUAUCAUUACUAUUAUGGCAGUACAAACGUCUGGAUGCCCAGAGUAAAAAAAACAAAAGCUUCGGUUGGGUGGCAAACCGUAACCAGCCGCAGCAUUGACUAAAAUUUUUGGUAAAAAUUACAAAACAAUUUGCGCUAAAAAAAAAAAAAAAAAAAGGUUAAAAAUGAUUUGAUUGAAGUGUCAUGAACAACAACAAAAAAACAAUAAAACAAAUAAAAAAAACUUUUCUUUCAAGCU